UCAUUCAUUCAGCGAUUGGCCGCGCUUCAAACCGGCGAAUAUGACGGACGCGGACAUUGCGACAACCAAGUGAAAAAUAUAAUCACAGUGAGCCGAAACGCCAAGCGAGCGGAUAAAGUUUGUUCUGAAACGAGGGUUCACUUUUUGGGGUUGGCUUUCACCCACGGACGCGGGAGUUGGCGUUGCUUCCUGUUGGACAGACAGGGUGCCAAACACCAAGGUGCGUGCAGAGGAGCUGUGACUCACGCUGACCUGAACACCCCUCCAGAGAGGACGCGGGACAACAAGAUGCCCCUGAAGCGGACGAGAAACGCAGCAAGUGCCCAAAUUAAAGAACAGCUGAGCCGGGAGCUGCGACAGAGCAGGCUGACUCUUUUCAUUCAGCAGUUUGAGAAAGAAGCACAAGAGCGCAUGAACGAGUUGGAGGCCAAACUGGAGAACAUGCUGGCGACAGUGGACAUAGUCUUCAAAGUGGAGCUGAUGAAGAUGCCGCCUCCUCUAAGAAACACACUCAUCGGGGAUUUGAUAAGCGAUGAGGAUAUCUCAGCUAGCGAUGUGUCUAUUGCAAUGAAGAAUGAGACCCUUGAGAUGAACCUGCCCCUCAAGAGGGUGCCAAGUAAAAGAGCAAAAUCAACGGACUCUCCACCGGUUCAGAUCACCCCAGCCCAGAGGUCCUCAUCAAGAACCUCAAAGUGUGGAAAGGGGACGAAAAAGACAAGAACAUUAGUUGGGAGCAACAGCACUGGAAACCUCAGGGGCUCCUCAGUCACUGUGAAAAGAACUCAAAGCCGCUUGACCAAGACCAAUGACCAGACCAUUCCGACCAAACCUAAACUCAGGUCUGUCGUCUCCACUGGUGAUCUGCACUGUUCAAUGGCAGGCUCUUCUGCACACAUCACUGUCACAACAGCACAGGGACAGACUGUCAGCUUCUCUGAAGAGACCAAGGAUGAGAUAAACUUGGACUUACUGGAUGAUGAGGCAUGGUGCCAGAUUCAGAAGCUCACUAGUCUGAUGGCAUAUCUGUCAAGGCGAAGCCGCUGUCAGCAAUGAGUAAAGAUCCACUCAGACCCAAAUUUUUUCAACAUUUAACAACAAAGUCUGUUCUCAAAGUCGAAAUCAGUGUAUAUACGUUUUGUUUAUUACUCGUCGGAUGUUCUAAUAAGAGCAUCAGUUGUGUGCUUUGGCUGUCUGAAAAAGUUUUUAAGUUGUUAUAUAAUAAAGCUUAUUUGUGUUUUCCUA